GUCGUCACUGGGGUGGUGGUAUCAUGGGUCCCAAGUCCAACGCCAAGAUGGCUAAGCGUGCUGCUCUUGCCGCUAAGGAAAUUGCUGCUCGUCAAUAAUUUUAAUUCUUUAAACAUUAAUAAAGAGUUAUUUUCUUUAGGAGAAAUAGACUUUUUUUUUCUAUGCAUUGUAGAAAUUUAAUUAUGAAAUCUUAAUCCCCUGAAUUUGACACAUUCUUUUUAUAGGCUAUAAAAUUGAUUUGUUUUUUCUUUAUCUUUUCCUUUAUAUUCCUAUGAAACACUAUUGCUCUUUAUUCCUUGUCUGGACAAGAAGUAUCGUUUUGCUUUUAUCUAUUCUGAUUGUCAUCUUGUCACUGUAUGUUUAUAAUAAGGAUACACAACCUAUUUUUUCAUUACUCAAUCAACAACAAGAGAAUUUGGUGAACGAUAUGAUUGAGAAUAAACGACUGAUUGCAACGUUAGUAGCUGCUCAAGCGUCUAUUUUCUGUCCUCUCUUCUUACUUUUAAACCCACAAGAUCACCCAGAAAACAAACACCAUCUGAUCCUACUUGAAUCAUUUAUGCCUAGUGGAUUAGCACUCAGCUGGAUCUUUUGUAUCUCAUUUGAAGACCGAAUCAAUGCGCUUCACACUGCAUCAAAAUCGAUAUUGGCCUUGUAUCUAGAAUACCAUUUAAAGUAUGUGAUCGUUGUUGUACUUUUAUUAGAAGUGUUGGUCAUUUUGGCAUCAUCCAUAUAUGCUUGUCAAGCAAAACAACCCAUUCAACUGCCUUUGGAUGUUGGACAAGAGGAACAAGGGAAAAAUUAAUGUUUAGUCUCAAGUGAAUUAAGUUUAUGGAAAUAAAGAACUGUGUUACUACUUAAACACUUCUGAUU